AUGGUUCAGUUAGAUCGAUUCGAAAUAGUUUUCAAUAAUCCCGAGGAAACAUAUUUCGCCGGUCAGGAAAUUUCGGGAAAAGUGAUCAUUGAGAAUAAGGAGCCGAAAAAAGUGAACGAGAUUCUUUUGGAGUUGAAAGGACGUGCCAGAACUUAUUGGACCAAGCAUUCAGGAAAAUCUCGAAAACACUGCUCACACUCGGAACCGUAUUUCUUGGAACAAUUCAACACUGGAUACACUCACAAGUUCACCGUUGUCAAGGACGGAAAAGAGAAAGAACGAGUUCUUCCAGCUGGCAUUCAUCAGGUUCCUUUCUCCUACACUCUUCCGAAAUCCCUCCCAUCUUCAUUCGAAGGAGAGUUCGGACACAUUCGAUACACCUGUAAAGCCAUCUGUGAGAGACCGUGGGACUUUGAUAUUGUCACUCGAAAAGCGUUUACUGUAGUUGGAAUUGAAGAUAUCAACUCGGACUCGAAGCUAAACGAACCAAUCACAUGCAUUGAAUCCAACCAUGCUGUAACAUUCUGUUGCCGUUCGACUGGAAGUGUAACUGGUGAAAUUCGAAUACCAAAGUGUGGAUUCACUCCUGGAGAGAAGAUUGAUGUCAGCUACAAAGUGAUCAAUUUGAGUUCUAAAACACGGAACACGGCACUUCGAUUCGUUCAACAAGCCACCUACAAAGCGAAAACAUUCGCAGGUCAUGAGCACAUCAAAACUGUGGUUCGAGUGAUUUCGAAAAUUGAUAAAGGAGAAGUACCAGGGGGAACAACAACUGAAUGGCAGGAUGAGUCAAUUACCAUUCCUUCGUUACCUCCGAAAUUGGGAAAAUGCAAGAUUCUGUCCGUCAAUUAUGCGGUAGAAUUGGAGAUCGACCAAACCCUAACCGUUCCUUGCCCAAUUGUGAUCGGCUCAAUUCCCCAACUCUCCCAGUUGUUAAUUCAUUCGAAACAGUCCGUUCAAAGUUCUGGAAACGGAUCACUUCCGAAAAGUUCCAUCAAGGACAUCCCACCGAAAUGGGAUAGUGAGAGUUGUGUGCAGGUGACAAUAACAGAUGAAAGUGGCCAGCUAGUAGAGGAACUUGGAAACGAGAUGGAAGCCUUACUAUCGGCUCGAAAACGAGUUCGAAUGCCAUCAUCCAUUCUCAGCGAGCUGUACCCGACAAUGCCCAGCCCGUAUUACAAAGAAUCGUUCUUUGGCAGCAGUGACAUAUCAGAGGAAAAGGAGCAAGCGCAGUUCGGAGAGAUCAAUUUCGCACCAAAAUAUCCGUUUUAUACCGAUUGA